CGCAGUUGAGACCAAAAAGAAGAUAAAUGGCCAGACCAGCCUAUGACGACGAUCCCAAAUGCUUUUACUGAAAUUCCGAAAAACCCUUAAACCCCUCGGAGUGAGUGAGUGAGACCCAGAAAGAAAGAAAGAAGGGAACUUGAAUGGAAGAAGCAGAGGCAUUACAGCUAAAAUGCGCAGCAGAAGCCAAAUACAAAGAGUCCAACUUCAAGUCAGCCCUGAAAUACGCCAAGCGAGCGCAUCGCCUGAGCCCGAACCUGGACGGCGUCUCCUCCAUGGUCACCGCCUUCGAGAUCCUCCGCACCGCCCACAAGAACGCCCCCCCAAAUCCCCCCAACUGGUACAAGAUCCUUCAGGUAGAGCCCUUUGCCCACAUCAACACCAUUAAGACCAAGUACAAGAAGCUCGCUUUUCUUCUCCACCCUGAUAAGAACCCCCAUUUGGGCUCCGACGAGGCCUUCAAGCUUGUAGGGGAGGCCUUUCGGUUCCUUUCUGAUAGGAUUAGGAGGAAGGAGUAUGAUAUGAUGCUUAGGAUUAAGAUUCAGGAUAGGAAGAUGAGGGAGAGUGGGGGUUUAGGGUUUGGGGAGACGUUUUGGACGGCGUGCUCGACGUGCCGGCUUUUGCAUCAGUUUGAGAGGAGGUAUUUGGGGCAUAAUUUGGUUUGCCCUAGCUGUAAGAAGAGCUUUGAGGCCGUGGAGGUUGAGGGCGGGGACAAUGCUGGGGUUAGGAGUAGUGAGAGGUUGAGGAAAAUGGGCGGUGAAGGAUUUAGAGGGAGUGGUGUUGGUGGUGGGAAUGUGGAGAAGGAAGUGAGUGAUGGUAACGGUGAGUUGAGGAGGAGGUUGAGGAAGAGAAUGAGUAGCGUAGGAGAGGUGAUGGAGAGGUGUGAAACGAAGAAGGCGAAAGUAGAUGAGGAAAGGAUGACAUUGGCGGAAUUGCAGUUGGAGAUCAAGCAAAAGGCACAGGAGCAGAAGAAGAAGUUGAUGAGGAAGGAGAAGGAGAAGGAUGCAAAGAAGGGUAAGAAUUCAGAAGUUGAGAGACGCGAUGUUUUGAAGAAAGGCAAGACUUCAGAAGUUGAGAGGCGGACUGUUUUGAAGAAGGCUAAGGAUUUGGGAAGUGCUAAGAGCAGGAAAAGCAAGGGGCCAAAGAGUGAAGGUUUGGAGAGUACGGAGGAGGCGGAGGAUUCACAGUUUUAUAAUUUCAAGAAAGAUAAGCGGAGUUUUAAGAAAGGGCAGGUGUGGGCUAUAUAUGAUGAUGAUGAUGGAAUGCCGAGGAAUUAUGGUUUGGUUGAUGAAGUUGUUUCUGUCAGUCCUUUUGAGGUGAAAAUUAGUUGGUUGGAUCUUCAGAAUAAUGGGGAUCAGUGGUUGGCUUCUUGGGAGAAAAUGGGAUUGCCUGUGCCUUGUGGAAGGUUUAAAGUUACCAGGCAGACCACCACUAAUUCAGUGCAUAUAUUUUCUCAUGUCGUGGAUUGUGACAGAGCUGCAAGAGAGAUUUAUCGGAUUUAUCCAAAGAAGGGAUCAGUUUGGGCACUUUAUAAUGAAGCAGCUUUUGACGCUGAUGGAGGAAAUCUGUUGGUUAAAGAGAAGCGAUGCUAUGACAUAGUUGUGUUUCUGACGAGUUACAGUGAGAUGCACGGUUUGAGUAUGGGGUAUCUUGAGAAGGUUGACGGGUUCAACACGGUAUUUAAGAGAAGGGAGAUUGGAGCUCAUGCUAUUCGAUGUUUAGAGAAAGAUGAUGUGAGGUUAAUUUCACAUGAAAUUCCUGCAAAGAAGCUCUCCGGUAAUGAGGUUCCAAACCUUUCGAAAGACUGUUGGGAACUUGAUCCUGCUUCUCUUCCUCUGGAUUUGCUUACAUUUGGCUAAGACGAUAGGUAAAAGUUGGGAAAGUGAAAGCCUUUUCUGUAACUUCCAUCUUUUGGUUUGAGGUUCAGAGUGGAACAUGUUGGUAGUUUGUAGCAAAUGACGUUACUGCUCUUAAAUCAUAAUGUGAUUAAUUGCUGACUAUAUUCUUCU